CUGUCUGUGAAACUGGGUGCUCGGCAUGGCCGCUGCAAGAAACCUGCGCAGGACCGGAGCUCACAUCUACACCCAACUGUUUGCCCCCAAAGCUAUGUCUUCGGGGUAUUUAGCUGGCGGACAGCGUAUCAGAGGGGCAAUGGUCAGAGCCUUGCACACCUCUAUAAAGCGAUCUCCGCCAGUCUUGGGGUGCAGCAUGAUGAAAGCUCAUACGCCCCAACAGCGCAAUGCCUCGGGGAAAACGUUUAACGUACCCCCCAGCGCGGAACACGUCGCCCGGCCCGCCGGGAUCUGCACCAUGUUGAAGCUGCCCUAUCAGGAAGCUGCAGAGGGACUUGAUGCUGCGUUUAUUGGGGUUCCCCUCGAUACGGGCACCUCCAACCGCCCCGGAGCAAGGUUCGGGCCUCGCCACAUCCGGGCAGAGUCGUCCAUGGUCCGCAGGUACAACGUCAACACCAGGGCCGCGCCGUUCAACUCCCUCAUGGUGGCAGAUAUUGGAGACGUGAAGGUCAACCUGUAUAAUCUGAAGGACAGCUGCCGAAUAAUCAAAGAGGCCUAUCAGAAGAUAAUGGCCGCGCGGUGUAUACCCCUAACGCUAGGUGGAGACCAUACAAUCACGUAUCCCAUCCUUCAAGCUGUCGCCGAGAAACAUGGUCCCGUAGGUUUGGUACAUGUGGACGCUCACUCUGACACAGGAGACCAGGCCCUGGGGGAGAAGAUCUACCACGGAACACCAUUCAGACGGUGCGUGGAUGAGGGUCUACUGGACUGUAAACGAGUCGUUCAAAUUGGGAUUCGAGGUUCCUCCUACAGUGUGGACUCACUGAAAUUCUGCCAAGACAAGGGUUUUCGCUUGGUCUACGCCGAGGACUGCUGGAUGAAGUCCCUCGUCCCUCUGAUGUCGGAGAUCAGGCUCCAAAUGGGGGAUAAACCCGUUUACAUCAGUUUUGAUAUUGAUGGACUCGACCCAUCUUUUGCUCCGGGAACCGGAACCCCAGAGAUUGCCGGUCUCACCACCAGCCAGGGUUUGGAGAUAAUUCGGGGUUGCAUGGGACUGAACAUCGUUGGCUGUGACCUCGUUGAAGUGGCUCCUAUGUAUGAUCUCUCUGGUAACACAGCGCUGACAGCAGCCAACCUUCUGUUUGAGAUGCUCUGCGCUCUGCCAGGCGUGAAUACUUACUGAGAUCCACGUAACCAGC